CCCUCUCCCCCCAGCCAUACCCUUUAUACACAUCACCCUCCACUGAAGCAAAAUUCAAAUCCUUUUUCUCUCACUUCCUCUGUUUCUUACAUAAACCAAAAGCCAAGCAAAAGGUCUCUGCUUUUGCUCUGUGUUGUACAAUUCCAAAGUCAUGGCAACUUCUCUUUGCCUGCUGCUAUACCUGUUACUCUUUUCAACGUGGUGGCUUAAGAUUUCGAUGUCAGAAAUGAUGCUUCUUCCCUUAACUCAUUCACUCUCCAAAACCCAAUUCAUCACCCCACACCACCUCCUCAAAACCACCUCAGCUCGCUCCGCCGCCCGCUUUCACCACCGCCACAAACAAGUCCCACUCCCUCUUUCCCCUGGCAGUGACUACACUCUUUCCUUCUCUAUCGGCUCCCCUGCUUCCUCGACUGUUUCUCUUUACCUAGACACUGGUAGCGACCUUGUUUGGCUUCCUUGUUCUCCAUUUGAAUGCAUUCAAUGGGAUUCAAAAGCACCACCACGCUCUGCUCCUCUUAACCUCUCAUCCUCUGCCACCGCUAUCCCAUGCCAAUCCUCCGCCUGUUCCGCCGCUCACUCCUCCCUCCCUUCCUCCGACCUCUGCGCCAUUGCACGUUGUCCCCUCGACUCCAUCGAAAUCUCGGAUUGCAACUCCUUCCCUUGCCCUCCAUUUUACUAUGCGUACGGUGACGGUAGCUUAAUCGCCCGUCUUUAUAAGGACUCCUUAACUCUCCCAAACUCUCUCUCGAUUCAAAACUUUACUUUUGGUUGCGCCCACACCACAUUGGGUGAACCGGUUGGUGUAGCCGGGUUCGGUUUCGGUCGGCUAUCUUUACCAGCUCAGCUUUCCUCCGUGUCUCCUCAACUGGGUAACAGAUUCUCCUACUGUUUAGUUUCUCAUUCGUUUGAUUCUGACAAAGUUAGGCAACCAAGCCCACUGAUUCUUGGUCGGUACGAGGAAAAAGAAAAGCAGUUUGGUAACGAAAAUGUUGAGUUUGUUUACACGGACAUGCUUUCCAAUCCAAAACAUCCGUAUUUUUAUUCAGUGGGGUUGGAGGGAAUCUCUGUCGGGAAAAGGAAUAUUCAGGCACCGGAGAAUUUGAUGAGGGUUGAUAGAAAAGGAAGUGGAGGGAUGGUGGUGGAUUCAGGGACAACUUUUACGAUGCUACCAGCGAGUUUGUAUGACUCAGUGGUGAAUGAGUUUGAUCACCGAGUUGGACGAGUUUACGAAAGGGCGAGUGCGAUAGAAGAGACGACGGGGUUGAGCCCGUGUUAUUACUAUGACAAGGUAGCCAAAGUGCCAGUGAUUAGCUUGCAUUUUGUGGGGAAUGGAUCCAGUGUGAUAUUGCCCAGGAGGAAUUACUUUUAUGAGUUUUUGGAUGGUGGUGAUGGAGUUAAGAAUAAGAGGAAUGUGGGGUGUUUGAUGUUGAUGAACGGUGGUGAUGAGGAGGAGUUGAGUGGUGGGCCAGGUGCUACUCUGGGAAAUUAUCAGCAACAAGGCUUUGAGGUGGUUUAUGAUUUGGAGAAAAGGAAAGUUGGAUUUGCAAGGAGAAAGUGUUCUUCUUUGUGGGAUACCUUGAAAAAUUAAGUUUGAAUUUGGGUUAAAGUUAAAUUUCUAGGUUUAUAUUUCAUGAAAUUAUGGAUUUUUU